AUGCUCAAACAUUUUCAUGGUGCCACAUAUAUAGAAAGAGUACAUCAUUUAAUAUUGAAUGAGAAUUCGCCGCAAGAUAGCAAGCAGCAAUGUGCCACUGACGCCGUGAGUUACUUACAGGACAUAGGGUUCACGAAGUCUCCCUACUGGGAUAUAUUGGUUUCCACAAGUGGCAUGCACAAUGUGAAAGAAUGUGAAGAACAAGCAGUAGGUGAAGCAUUAGCAAUCCAAAAGGCUAUAGCUCAUAAGUAUACUGAAGCAAUAAGCACUUUAGAAGCACUAAACGUUUCUCCCCUGAAAUACUAUGAAUAUUUAGAAAAAAUUGUGCGGCUUUUGGUACUUGCAAAAAACUAUAAAGGUCUGGAGGAGCUUGACUAUCGUCUCAAUGCCUUGCCAGCAAAUUAUGAUAGCAUGAGACCGGAAGAAAUACAAGCCCUCCGGAGACUCAAAUUAAUCAUAUGCAGUAGUUUCUAUUUGAGAGGAGGCUACUUUAGUUGUUGCAAGAGUUUUUUCAAGCUAUUGGAUAGCGACGCAGACGUUUUAAGAAUACUAUCAGAGGAGCAGCCUGAUCCGUUUAUCACUAACGGUGAGGUAAUACUGAUGAUUACAAUCUCGACAAUUUUGGCAAUACCCUUUGAUAACUAUGAUGAUUUUCUUCAUCUUCAACAUCUAGAAGAACACAAACAGAUUUUCUCAAGAUUGAUAGACUGCCUUAAGCUUUUGAUCAAUACGAGCUUCGGCCGAUUUCUCGAUCUGUGGAAUGAAGAAUUCGAUAAACAAUGUAAACAAAGUAUGUUUCUUUCUCAAAGGUGGUCUUCAGCUAAGUAUAUGAUGAGGUGCAAAAUCUAUUUCUUUUAUUUAAGGAUAUCAAACAAGGUCGAAAUCAGUUAUUUAUCGCGCACCCUUCAUAUUGAGGUGGAGCUUAUCGAAAGGGAAAUAGAACAUUUAAUUAAAUCAGCACAUCUCAACUUUGAACUGAAUGGAGAUCUUGUUACUUAUAGUCCAAAGCACUAUCUCCAAGAUGUGGCACCAAGACUUAAAAAGAAUCAAGAACUAUUAGAGAAGAAACUGGAGGUACGGCGCCUUAGAAAUCAACAACUUAAAGAUGUGGUGCAGGAAAUGAUUGUAAAAAAUAAUGAGCAACGGGUAGAGAAAGAUUCAACGACUAAUGAAAGUCUGAUUUACCAUGCUUCUAGGUAUCGAAGCUCCACGGACAAUAUGGAUCUCGAUGAAAUUAAUGAUAUCAGUGACCCUGAAAGUGGGACAUUUGAAAUUGGAAACUAG